GUCCAGCCUCGUGCUGGGAGGAUGCCCUGGCAAUCCAACCCAAGCCCGGCGGCAGAGAAGACGACCAGCCAUAAAACGCCCUCCCCGUCCCCAUCCCCCGUCGUCAGCAGUCCCGCUCCCGUCGCUCCUGUCGAGACCAUUCCGAGAUGGCCCUCCGGUCUCUCCUGUGCUGUUUCUCGUCCCAGGACGAGGAUGCUCCUGAUGUCGUGGCCUUCAAGGCUCGCAUCGCCGAGGAGCGCAGACAGGCGGUCAUGCCCAGAAUCGAGCCCAAGUCUGCUGCGCCUGUCGAUCCCUUCGAUCCUUGGGCUCAUCCGGUCGAAGCCUUCAUCCGGAUGGCCCGCGACGAGCCCGACGCCCUCUGCAUCAACACCUACGAGAGCGGCGAGUCCGUGCGCUACUCAUACCGCGAUGUGUGGAAACGAGCGUUUUCGAUCGCACAGGCUCUCAAGGCGCUUCCUGGCUGGAACGACGAUGGCCACGAUGCCAUCGGCACCUUCUGUGAAGGCGAGGCGCACUGGGUGAUCUUCUCGCUCGCCGUGUGGAUGCUGGGCAAGAAAACCCUCAACUUUGGCCUCAACUGGCCGUCGUCCACUCGCAAGGCUCUGUGUGCGAGGCACUCGGUCAAGUACAUCUUCUUUCAUCUUGUCAAGCCCGGCCGGACGGAUGGUGUUGUUUUUAUCGACGACUCCGCCUUCCCGACACUCGACGAGGUCCCUGCUCCAUCUCUCGAUGUCUGUGAGCCUCUCGACGACUUUAUAGGCUAUCAGUGCACCUCGGGCACCACAGGUGUGCCCAAAUCGUUCAAAUUCUCUCACACUGGCCUGCCUGUGAUUCGUGGAACAAUCGGCGAGCCGUAUCGAAGCAUCGGUCUCAUACUGGCGCCGUCCUUUUCGGGAUCGUUGGUAUAUUUCAUCGGCACUUUCAACGCCAGAGGGUCGAUCUGGCUCCCAAGAGCAACCCCAAACACUGUCGAGCGAACCAAGAGCAUCAUCAAGCUGUUUGAGGAUGGAUUGCAGUUCGUGGUGAUGACCCCAUCGCUGAUGAAGAUGGUGGUCGACAUAGCAGUCUCCCUGAAUCCAAAUGCAAAGUGGGAUGCAGCCAAGCGGGUUGUCCUGGGUUCCGAAAUGGUUUCUCCGACCGUGGUCUUCCGGGCCCGGAAGAUUUGCGUAAAUGCCGAGUUCCAGUGUGUUUAUGGGUCCAGCGAGACUGCCCUUAUCGGAGCAUUGUCCUUCUUCAAGCUCCCGGCCAGCGACCCUGUCACCCCAGCCAAGUUGACCUACAAGCUGGAGAAGCCCGGUAUUCGCUGUCUCCUCUUUGACGAGGAGGGCAACAUUCUUGAUCGACGCAAGACCGACGAAGGCAUCCUUGUCUUUGCUGUUGACAAAGACCAUCCCAUCAAGGACCACCCGAGCUUUGUCAAUGCCGAUCCAAACGACAAGCUGACCACGUUUGGCUUCCUGCCCGAUGGCUCGCCCCGCGUCUGUACCAUGGACUGGGUCGAGAUGAAGAGCGACAAGGAGUUUGUCGUCGUCGGAAGGUUUGACCAGAAGGUCAAGGUCAACGGCGUCUAUGUCGAUCUGAACUACCUCGAGCGAAUCGUCAUCGAGCGUUUCCCGGAUGUAUUCGUCGAGUGCCUGUUUGUCCAGACAUACGAGAAGCGGAUCGUCAUGCUCUACCUCCCCGUGAAAAAGGACCCCAUCCAGCCGUCCCCGAGCGACGCCCUCCUCAUGGUCGAGGAGCUCUUCAUCGUCAAGAACGUUGCAAAGUUCCCGAUCCACAACUGCUUCUACAUGGACCAUGUUCCACUCAACGACUCUGGCAAGCGCAAUCUCAAGGUCAUCAAGCGCAUGGCUGAGAACUCGGAUCUGUAUGGCAAAUGCAUCGUCUACCCCAUGAUCGCUGUCGACGACACGCUCGUCUCCCGCACCGCCCUCCAGAUUGCCAACAUCGGAAGCAGUCUCCUGGAGACCGAUCUGCUCGUGGGCCGCAACUACUACAUUGCGGGUGCCACCUUUGACUCGCUCAGCGUCGCCCGCUUUGCGCUGGCCAUCAAGGAGGAGUUUGGCGUCGAGAUCUCGCCCGUGAUCCUGCUGUCAAACGGAAUGACGCCCCUCGAUGUCGCCCAGCUGGUUGUCGAUCUCCUCGACGACAAGCCCUUGAUUCCUCCAACCAUCGAUCUCGACGUCGAGGCUGCCAGUCUCGACGAUGCAAGUGUGACGGCCGAGGGCUUUCCCCCGUUCGUGUAUCCCAAGAACCCUCGAGGCAUCGUCGUCACCGGCGCCACAGGAUUCCUUGGGGUGUUCCUGGUCUACGAGCUCGCCGCCAAGUUCCCCGAUGCCAGGAUCUACUGCCUGGCGCGAGAGACACAUCCGUUCGAUGCUGCCGGUCGAGUUCUCGAGAGCGCCCAUCGCCUCAUCCUGGCGGCCAGACAGCAGAGCAAUCCCAAGUACAACAUCAGUGCCCGACUCGAGGGGCUCCCUGGCGACCUGACCAAGGAGAACUGGGGGCUCUCGCCAGGGCUGUGGAAGCGAGUGUGCGAGGAGACCGACAUGAUUGUGCACUGCGGUGCACAGGUCCACUGGCUCUACAACUAUGACAAGCUCAAGGGACCCAACGUCCUCGGCACGGCGACGGCCCUGAGACUGGCCACAACCCAUCACCUGAAGCCGCUGCACUACAUCUCGACUAUCGGCACGAUUCCAAUGGCCAAGAAUGCCAGCGAGCCGCUCAAGGAGAAGAUGUAUCCAUCGUGGAACAUCUCUGGCGGCUAUGCGCAGACCAAGUGGGUCUCCGAGCAGUUGAUCAACAAGGCACGAUCGAGGGGAGUGCCGGUGACGAUCAUUCGUCCAGCUGGCAUCGUUGGAGACAGCCAGUACGGAGUGUCCAACACGGACGACUACAUCUGGCGAUACGUCAAGGGAUGCAUCCAGUUCCACAUCGCACCGGCAUACGCCACCCCCGUGACGAUGACGAUGGAUCCCGUCGACCAUGUGGCCAGAGUCGUCACAGAGAUUGUAGCCUCGGAGGAAUCGCUCUCCAAGUUUGUGUUCCACAUCAGCGACUCGGAGCACAGUCUCAUCACCGAGAACAAGAUGUUUGAUAUCGUCAACGCCAACGGCUGGGAGGUUCUGUUCGACACCCGCGAGCUGUUCAAGGGCCGUCUCGAAGCCAACCCGUCGCCAGAAUCCAAUGCCAUGUUCCCGCUGCUCUACAUGAUGAUGGACAUGUCCUUCAAGGUCGACAACACCAACACCCGGUCGAUCUACUCGACGCCGGGACCACCGGCCGCCGAAGUUGUCGCUCGAUGCUUGACGUAUCUCACCCGGGUCGGGUUCCUACCAGCUCCCAAGAAGUUCCCUGCUCCCUUGAAGGAGGAUGAGUAUCCCGAAAUCGGCAUCUUUACCCGCAACAACCGCAGCUGAGCGUUGGGAGACACUCGCUGGUUUAUCCGAUGCGCUUGGCGGUGCCGUGUCCGGCAGGUUUGAAAUAGAGGGAUAGAUGGGUCAGCGAGCUUUCACUGGGGAAUUCUGUUUGAUUGUUGUUAUCC